AUGAAUUUUCUUAUCACAAUUUUUAGCACCACAGGAAUCUUUGUGUCUUUUAUGCUCAAUUUGACUCCAAUUCCUUCUCUCAUCAAAGCCAAUAAAACUCGAGACAUUUCAGAAAUUUCUCAUCUAUAUUUCAUAAUGGCAAGUGCAAAUUAUCUCAAUUGAUGCCUUUAUGCUACCAAGGUAGAUUUGCUCGGUCCUCUAAUUAAUAACUUAAUCGGAUUGUGCUUCACAAUAGCAUACAUUAUAGUUUAUCACAAAAUUAAAGGUGAUAUUUGGAAAUUUGGCCCAGUUUAUUUUGGUUGCUGUACAUGCAUCUCAUUAAUAAUGUUCAAAGUGUUUCCAAGCGAUUUAUUAGGGCUUCUUUCUGUAGGACUGUCAGCAUUACAAUAUAUGGCACCGAUUGAACAAAUAAAGCCAGCUUUGAUGAAUAAAGAUCAUAAAUAUAUAGAUAUUUUUAUUAUCCCUGCUUUAAUGAGUAACGCUGCUGUUUGGGGAUUUUAUGGAUUUUUAGUUCAUGACUGAUUUAUUAUUAUACCAAAUUUGAUGGGCUUAUUAUUUUCUUUAUUUCAAAUAUUAGUAUAUGCAUGGGCACAAGGAUUUUUACCCCAUCUUACAUUUUCUUGGCUUGCGAAUAAAAUUAGAGAAAAGCCCAUAAAAAUGACUGAGGAUGACGCAAUUGAGUUUCAUAAUAAUGUUUAA